AUGCUGAAGAAUGGAUCAGUGCUAGCUAAACUCGGAGGCUCAAGAGUUUUCAAAUGGCCCGUGUUUGAUUUGGCUAGCUCAAUCAGACCAAGAAUUAUGGACAAUACUAUUGUGAAAUGCACCGUGUUUGUUGGCUGUGAAAGUAUCAAAGCUAGCUGGAAUUGGAAGAGAGAAGCUGAUGAUCUGACUGUUGGUUUCUGCAGUAUAAGAUUGAUAUUGGACCUCUUGUACUACCAUCACCGCUCAACAACCAACAAUGACAUAGUUGACACCUCAACAGCUUCGUUUUCUCAGGAUCAACACUUGAUCAAAGCAUUAAGAAGACCCUGUACAAGCAAGCGAGUAUCCGCACCUACCCCAAGGCUGUCGAGUUUCCCCGCUCGGCUCGGUGUUUUGUUGAUCACUGUGAAGAACCAGGAUAGUGGCCAGGGUCUUGCGCUAGGACAGGACAGGGUAACCCCUGGAACGGUCCUAGAAGAAGAAGGCAGAGAUUAUCGUCUUCUGACGUUUGAUUCGUCCGAGCUACAGAUGCUCCCUGUCAAGCUCACUGCGGCUCAGGGCCAAUCCAGAUCUGAGGCCGGGGUACAGGCGCAUGGCUGCUAA